AUGGAGAGUCUGAGUGAGUUGCAGAACCCACUUCUAAAUAAGACCAGCAGCAGACACGUGGUCCACAACGACUACCAGGCUUACCAGAGUGACUACCCCAACCACCAGUACCAGAAGAACAUCAUUGGCUACUUUGUCACAGGCAGCAACGGCAAGACUCAGGCCCAGCAGUUCUUGGAUGCUACCUCUCUGCACCUGGCAGUGGAGGCCUUCUAUAGGCCCAACUUUAUCCUGUAUAAGGACAAUGUCAACCUCCAGAGCAAGGACUCUAAGAGUGAGAGCUCCGAGACCACCUUCACAGAGAACAAGGACAGUGUGGUGGGAGUGGAGGGAGCCCCCAUAGAGGACCCUCAGGACAAACUACUGGGAGAGAAGGAUGUAACAAUCCAGACUGUGUCCUAUGAGGUGGAGGAGGAAGGACACGAGUAUGAGGUGAGAGGUCACACAGAGGGCAGCUAUGAAUGACCAACUACAACUUUGGAUAUGUUGAUGCUCAUACAGGCUAAAUAAUGAGCAUUGUUAAAAUCAAAAGGCUAUUUUUCAUUCGUAGAGAGCAGUUGGACAUAAAUUAAUUGGACGAUUAAAAUAACAAGGUUACAUGUACAGUGGCUUGCAAAAGUAUUCACCCCCCUUGGCAUUUUUCUUAUUUUGUUGCCUUACAACCUGGAAUUUAAAUGGACUUUUGGGGGGGUUGUACAAUUUAUUUACACAACAUGCCUACCACUUUGAAGAUGCAAAAUAUAUUUUUUUGUGAAACAAACAAGAAAUAAGACAAAAAACUGAAAAAAACUGAAAACCUGAGCGUGCAUAACUAUUCAACCCCCCAAAGUCAAUACUUUGUAGAGUCACCUUUUACAGCAAUUACAGCUGCAGGUCUCUAGGGAUAUGUCUCUAUAAGCUUGGCACAUGUAGCCACUGGGAUUUUUGUCCAUUCUUCAAGGCAAAACUGCUCCAGCUCCUUCAAGUUGGAUGGGUUCCGCUGGUGUACAGCAAUCUUUAAGUCAUAUCACAGAUUCUCAAUUGGAUUGAGGUCUGGGCUUUGACUAGGCCAUUCCAAGACAUUUAAAUGUUUCCCCUUAAACCACUCGAGUGUUGCUUUAGCAGUAUGCUUAGGGUCAUUGUCCUGCUGGAAGGUGAACCUCCGUCCCAGUCUCAAAUCUCUGGAAGACUGAAACAGGUUUCCCUCAAGAAUUUCCCUGUAUUUAGCGCCAUCCAUCGUUCCUUCAAUUCUGACCAGUUUCCCAGUCCCUGCCAAUGAAAAACAUCCCCACAGCAUGAUGCUGCCACCACCAUGCUUCACUGUGGGGAUGGUGUUCUCGGGGUGAUGAGAGGUGUUGGGUUUGCGCCAGACAUAGCGUUUUCCUUGAUGGCCAAAAAGCUCAAUUUUAGUCUCAUCUGACCAGAGUACCUUCUUCCAUAUGUUUGGGGAGUCUCCCACAUGCCUUUUGGCGAACACCAAACGGUGGGCGGCCCUCUCUUGGCAGGUUUUUUGUAGUGCCAUAUUCUUUCAAUUUUUUAAUAAUGGAUUUAAUGGUGCUUCGUGGGAUGUUCAAAGUUUCUGAUAUUUUUUAUAACCCAACCCUGAUCUAUACUUCUCCACAACUUUGUCCCUUACCUGUUUGGAGAGCUCCUUGGUCUUCAUGGUGCCGCUUGCUUGGUGGAGCCCCUUGCUUAUAGGUGUUGCAGACUCUGGGUUCUUUCAGAACAGGUGAAUAUAUACUGAGAUCAUGUGACAGAUCAUGUGACACUUAGAUUGCACACAGGUGUACUUUAUUUAACUAAUUAUGUGACUUCUUAAGGUAAUUGGUUGCACCAGAUCUUAUUUAGGGGCUUCAUAGCAAAGGGGGUGAAUACAUAUGCACGCACCACUUUUCCGUGAUUUAUUUUUUAGAAUUUUUUGAAACAAGUUAUUUUUUUAAUUUCACUUCAUCAAUUUGGACUAUUUUGUGUAUGUCCAUUACAUGAAAUCCAAAUAAAAAUCCAUUGAAAUUACAGGUUGUAAUGCAACAAAAUAGGAAAAACGUCAAGGGGGAUGAAUACUUUUGCAAGGCACUGUACCUCAAAUUGUGUGGAUUUUAAUAGUGAGUUGCAGAAAUCAAUCACAGAAUAAUGUGUCACGGCACUCAAUGCUGUUCAUGUUAACUAUUUAAUAUACAACAAAGCUCCUUACCUCAUUCUAAUAGGCUGCUAAGGCUGCCAGCAUGAUUCACCUAUUUAUUCAAUUUAACUGUCUGUUCACUGAAUGGCCAAUUUGGUGUAUUUUAUAGCAAUCUUACAAAUCAAAUAUUUUUACAUUUUAGUCAUUUAGCAGACGCUCUUAUCCAGAGCGACUUACAGUUAGUGAGCGCAUACAUUUUUCAUACUGGCCCCCCGUGGGAAACAAACCCACAACCCUGGCGUUGCAAGCGCCUUGCUCUACCAACUGAGCUACAGGGAACUACAGGGGUAAUUGUACAGUUUUUCUGUUCCAUAAUUGUUGGCAAAUCUCCCUGAUCAUCUUUGAUCAUAUCACUCCAGUCCUUUUGUUAUGUUAGGACAAAACUGUGACUAAGCACUCCAAACUAAAAUGGUGACAGUGGGAGAGCAACUUCUUUUGAAAAGUGGCACAAUCUCAUUUUAUGCAGUGAGGGUUGUAAAAUACCCAAUGUCGUUAGUUGGCAGCGGGGGAGUGCAUAGAUCCCUAACUGAGCUUACAAUCAGUCCAGCUCCUGUCACUAGGAGCUCCGCAGAUGGAUAGAUGCACAGCAGAGACGGCCAUUAAUGCCAUAACUAAUGCAGUGCUUUGAAAGUAUUAGAGACUGGGCUGAUGCAUGGCCCGACACAUAACAGCCAGCAGAUAAAUUAUUCCAAGUAGAUUCAAAUAACAAAUUAAUCUGAUUAACACCCAGGAGAUUAAAGUUGGGCUUUCAGUUGAAACUUGAGAGCUGGUUCUCUUGGUUAACCCUCUGUCUGGCAUGUGCGUGUGUGUGUGUGUGGUGUGUGUGUGUGUGUGUGUGUGUGUGUGUGUGUGUGUGUGUGUGUGUGUGUGUGUGUGUCAAAGCUCUGUAGAAGGCUUUUAAAGUCAACAUGUUCUCAACACACUACAGUGGCUUGCGAAAGUAUUCACCCCCCUUGGCAUUUUUCCUAUUUUGUUGCCUUACAACCUGGAAUUUAAAUUGAUUUUUGGGGGGUUUGUAUCAUUUGAUUUACACAACAUGCCUACCACUUUGAAGAUGCAAAAUAUUUUUGGGGGUGAAACAAACAAGAAAUAAGACAUAAAAACAGAAAACUUGAGCAUGCAUAACUAUUCACCCCGCCAAAGUCAAUACUUUGUAGAGCCACCUUUUGCAGCAAUUACAGCUGCAAGUCUCUUGGGGUAUGUCUCUAUAAACUUAGCACAUCUAGCCACUGGGAUUUUUGCCCAUUCUUCAAGGCAAAACUGCUCCAGCUCCUUCAAGUUGGAUGGGUUCCGCUGGUGUACAGCAAUCUUUAAGUCAUAGCACAGAUUCUCAAUUGGAUUUAGGGCUUUGACUAGGCCAUUCCAAGACAUUUAAAUGUUUCCCCUUAAACCACUUGAGUGUUGCUUUAGCAGUAUGCUUAGGGUCAUUGUCCUGCUGGAAGGUGAACCUCCGUCCCAGUCUUAAAUCUCUGGAAGACUGAAACAGGUUUCCCUCAAGAAUUUCCCUGUAUUUAGCGCUAUCCAUCAUUCCUUCAACUCUGACCAGUUUCCCAGUCCCUGCCGAUGAAAAACAUCCCCACAGCAUGAUGCUGCCACCACCAUGCUUCACUGUGGGGAUGGUGUUCUCGGGGUGAUGAGAGGUGUAGGGUUUGCGCCAGACAUAGCGUUUUCCUUAAUGGCCAAAAAGCUCAAUUUGAGUCUCAUCUGACCAGAGUACCUUCUUCCAUAUGUUUGGGGAGUCUCCCACAUGCCUUUUGGCGAACACCAAAUGUGUUUGCUUAUUUUUUUCUUUAAGCAAUGGCUUUUUUCUGGCCACUCUUCCGUAAAGCCCAGCUCUGUGGAGUGUACGGCUUAAAGUGAUCCUGAAACAUCAGAAAAGCAGAACUUUAUUGCUUGUUUGUUUGUGGUCCUCUGUAGCUCAGCUGGUAGAGCACGGCGCUUGUAACGCCAAGGUAGUGGGUUCGAUCCCCGGGACCACCCAUACGUAAAAAUGUAUGCACGCAUGACUGUAAGUCGCUUUGGAUAAAAGCGUCUGCUAAAUGGCAUAUUAUUAUUAUUAUUAUUUGUUGCCUCUCUGAUUAAUGCCCUCCUUGCCUGGUCCGUGAGUUUUGGUGGGCGGCCCUCUCUUGGCAGGUUUGUUGUGGUGCCAUAUUCUUUAAAAAUUUUUAUAAUGGAUUUAAUGGUGCUCCGUAGGAUGUUCAAAGUUUCGGAUAUUUUUUUAUAACCCAACCCUGAUCUGUAUUUCUCCACAACUUUGUCCCUGACCUGUUUGGCGAGCUCCUUGGUCUUCAUGGUGCCGCUUGCUUGGUGGUGCCCCUUGCUUAUAGGUGUUGUAGACUCUGGGGCCUUUCAGAACAGGUGUAUAUAUACUGAGAUCAUGUGACAGAUCAUGUGACACUUAGAUUGCACACAGGUGGACUUUAUUUAACUAAUUAUGUGACUUCUGAAGGUAAUUGGUUGCAGCAGAUCUUAUUUAGGGGCUUCAUAGCAAAGGGGUGAAAACAUAUGCACGCACCACUUUUCCGUUAUUUAUUUGUUUCAUUUCACUGCACCAAUUUGGACUAUUUUGUGUAUGUCCAUUACAUGACAUCCAAAUAAAAAUCAAUUUACAUUACAGGUUGUAAUGCAACAAAAUAGGAAAGACGCCGAGGGGAUGAAUACUUUUGCAAGGCACUGUAAGACAAGAGGGAAAGAGCUGGACGAUAAUUCUUACAUGUCAAAGCCAGUAUCUGUUGUUAGUUCUUCUAUACAUGUUGUUGUGUUUAUCAUAAGUUAUGGAAUCUCUCUUGGACAGAUCUACAAGAUAACGAGCAGCUGUAGUUCAGGUGUUUGGGUUAUUUGGACAAAUCAUGAUUUGUAACGUAAAGAGAGAGGGUGGAGCUCCUCAUUCCAGUUCCACUCCUUGCUCUAGCAUCUCUUCAUCUCUUCUCUUAACACGUAUGGACCCGGAACUUAAUCGCUCAGCUGACCAAUUACGUGAGACAUUAGUUCUGGGAUAACCAAGAUGAAAGAUUAUGCUGAAAACCCUGUAUCUCUAUACUGACGACAUGGUUCACAGUAGGCAUACAGGGAUAUGAUGACAUUAACGGUUCCACACAAUAACACAUGACUGGACCAUGUCCUCAAUGACACCAUUCUAAAUUAUUUUCUCAGUAAUUAUUUUUGUUUUGGUGAGCUCUGUGGCAAAGCACCCCCACAACAUAACACCUCUUCCUCCAUGCUUUACGGUGGGAAAUACACAUGCGGAGAUAAUCCGUUCACCCACACCGCGUCUCACAAAGACACGCGGUUGGAACCAAAAAUCUCCAAUUUGGACUCCAGACCAAAGGACACAUUUCCACCGGUCUAAUGUCCAUUGCUCGUGUUUCUUGGCCCAAGCAGGUCUCUUCUUCUUAUUGAUGUCCUUUAGUUGUGGUUUCUUUGCAGCAAUUCGACCAUGAAGGCCUGAUUCACACAGUCCCCUCUGAACAGUUGAUGUUGAGAUGUGUCUGAUACUGGAACUCUGUGAAGCAUUUAUUUGGGCUGCAAUUUCUGAGGCUGGUAACUUUAAUGAACUUAUCCUUUGCAACAGAGGUAACUCUGGGUCUUCCAUUCCUGUGGUGGUCCUCAUGAGAGCCAGUUUCAUCAUAGCGCUUGAUGGUUUUUGCGACUGCACUUGAAGAAACUUUCAAAGUUCUUGAAAUGUUCCAUAUUGACUGACCUUCAUGUCUUAAAGUAAUGAUGGACUGUCGUUUCUCUUUGCUUAUUUGAGCUGUUCUUGCCAUAAUAUGGACUUGGUCUUUUACCAAAUAGGGCUAUCUUCUGUAUACCCCCCCCCCCCCCACACACACACACACACCUUGUCACAACACAACUGAUUGGCUCAAACACAUUAAAUUCCACAAAUUAACUUUUAAGAAGGCACACCUGUUAAUUGAAAUGCAUUCCAGGUGACUACCUCAUGAAGCUGGAUGAGACAAUGCCAAGAGUGUGCAAAGCUGUCAUAAAGACAAUGGGUGGCUAUUUGAAGAAUCUCAAAUAUAACAUAUAUUUUGAUUUGUUUAACACUUUUUUGGUUACUACAUGAUUCCAUAUGUGUAAUUUCAUAGUUUUGAUGUCUUCACUAUUAUUCUACAAUGUAGAAUAAUAGUAAAAAUAAAGAAAAACCCUGGAAUGAGUAGGUGUGUCCAAACUUUUGACUGGUACUGUAGAUGGAAAGCAACUUUUCCCAAAACAGUUUAUUCCCUCUGCCAGCGUUUCCCACCAGAUGUGAUGGGGAAUCAGGAAAUUGUUGGUGUGUAAGGGGUAAAACGAGACUCAGGCCUGAGUGUGGGUGAAUAUGCCAGUCCCUAGUGACUGGGGCCAUGGCUGUCUCUGUGUGCCCUGAGGGUGCGCCCAGUGUCCCCUGCCGUCAUUAACGAGCCCUCUGGGAGUGCAGUCUGAGGAUAAUUAACAGACCAGUGCAGUGGAGGAGUCUCAUCAAUUACGCUGGCCUCAAAAUGCCUGCCGCUACUGGCUGACUGGCUAACUCUCAGAUUGGCUUUAGUGUAAUGCACCACUGUCUGUCCGUAUGCCCAUACCCAGUCUAGCAAUCUAUCCACAGCGACAUGGGCAUCCAUUAGAAAUGUGGUUGGACGUAGAGAAUCUCACCUGGUGCUUCAGGUGUCCACCAGGAAUUAAUGCGAUUAUUUCAGAAGCCCAUUGUGGGCCAAAAUCUUUUGGUCAUGCAUGUGGGUCUCCGAAUAAACUGUGUGCAAGAAUUGACAUAGCUUCUGUAGCUAUAUAACCAUAUGGAUAUAAUGUAUUAUGUAAUACAUUUUAGAUCCUCUGUCACUACAAGCACAGCACUUGUGGCAUUUAAUGCACAAUGCAAAGACACUUCAAAAUGUUUAUCACUCUCUCUAUCAUGUUUUCCAAUGGGUGAGAGGGUGAGAUGAGGGUUUUGCCGCUAUGUCCACUUUGUCUACAUAUUAUAAUUGGCUGGAGAGCUUUGACAGACACUCUCUCUGCCCGCCUCUCCGCCCGCCUCUCCACCUCUCCUCUCGUCCUCUUUAAAUUGGCUCAUUUAUUUUCGGCCCUGAACAUCAAUUUCCAUUUCCUCUCUUCCCUCGGUCGCUCAGGUUUGUUUGAUCCCCGCGAGUAACAAGACUAACAAAUGAAUCCUGUCCUGAUGGAGGGCCAUUCAUUUAAUCAAACAGCAGCUCCCUCUCUGGGAGAACAGCAAAGGUGAGGCUUUCUCUUCUUAAAGGUCAUCCCAGAGAUGUGGCUCCUCGUGUUUGGCUCUCCACUUUUGUCCCUGUGCCAGAGUGCCCACAGCGGCGUCAGAAGUUUCCAUUCAUUAGUCCCUCAGCUACCCAGGGGCCUUUGAGGAGGAUCAAGGCACAGCAUUAGUAGAGACCACACAGGCCCUCAGAACAUUCACAGCCUCUCAAGCAAACGGGCAAACAGAGGAGGUUGGUGACACCUUAAUUGUGGAGGACUGGCUCGUGGUAAUGGUUGGAGCAGAAUUGGUGGAAUGGUAUCAAAUACAUCAAACACAUGGUUUCCAUGUGUUUGAUGCCAUUCCAUUCGCUCCGUUCCAGCCAUUGUUAUGAGCCAUCCUCCCCUCUGCAGCUUCCUGUGGUGGAGGUGCACGUGAAGGAUGGGGGGAGGGGGACUCUCUCGUGCUGUAGAGGCAAUUUGGCACAUAAAUGACACUGUCUUCUUCCUGUUUCCCCUGUCACCUGGUGAUGAUGAAACAAUCCGUUAAUCCAGUGUUAUCUGUCAGGACGCUUGUGGGUGUUGACAGAAAUACAAAUCCUCUCUGCCUGGCUGAGCCCAUCAUGUCCUGCAUGUAAGCAGAACAAGGGCAGAUAUGCCCGGGGGUGUUUGUCAUCAACUAUCACACUGUUCACAGUAUGUCACAGUAUGUCUGCAGUGCAGAGUGACUUGCCUGACAUGUUCAGGUCCAUGGAACAAUGUUGCAGAAUCUGACCCUAUAACCUUGCUUGUGUUAGAAACAGCUUUGAGGUACACAUAUUGAUUUGAAAAUGCAUAAAAAUGUGGAAGUAGAUCAUCUAGCAUGAGUAGCUCAUCUACAUGUAACUAUUGGCGGGAGGAUGGUGAGGGCCCUGGCGGAGUGGUGCCAGGAAAAUAACCUCUCCGUCAACGUCAACAAAACUAAGGAGCUGAUCGUGGACUUCAAGAAACAGCAAAGGGAGCACGCCCCAUCCACAUCGACGGGACCGCAGUGGAGAAGGUGAAAAGCUUCAAGUUCCUCGGCGUACACAUCGCUGACAAUCUGAAAUGGUCCACCCACACAGACAGUGGGGUGAAGAAGGUGCAACAGCGCCUCUUCAACCUCAGGAGGCUGAAGAAAUUAGGCUUGGACCCUAAGACCCUCACAAACUUUUACAGAUGCACAAUUGAGAGCAUCCUGUCGGGCUGUAUCACCGUCUGGUACGGCAACUGCACCGCCCGCAACCGCAGGGCUCUCCAGAGGGUGGUGCGGUCUGCCCAAUGCAUCACCGGAAGCACACUGCCUGCCCUCCAGGACACUACAGCACCCGAUGUCACAGGAAGGCCAAAAAGAUCAUCAAGGACAUCAACCACCCGAGCCACAGCCUGUUCACCCCGCUAUCAUCCAGAAGGCGAGGUCAGUACAGGUGCAUCAAAGCUGUAACCAAGAGACUAAAAAACAGCUUCAAUCUCAAGGCCAUCAGACUGUUAAAUAUCCAUCACUAGCCGGCUACCACCCUGUUACUCAACCCUGCACCUUAGAGGCUGCUGUCCUAUGUACAUAGACAUGGAAUCUGGUCACUUUAAUAAUGGAACACUAGUCACUUUAGUAAUGUUUACAUACUGCUUUACUCAUUUCAUAUGUAUAUACUGUAUUCUAUUCUACUGUAUUUUAGUCAAUGCCACUCCAACAUUGCUUGUCCUAAUAUUAAUAAUUUCUUAAUUCCAUUAUUUUACUUUUAGAUUUGUGUGUAUUGUUGUGAAUUGUUAGAUACUACUGCACUGUUGGAGCUAGGAACACAAGCAUUUUGUUACACCCGCAAUAACAUCUGCUAAAUAUGUGUAUGUGACCAAUACAAUUUUGAUUUGAUUUGGCAUCACCAUAAUGUAGUUGUUCAGGUAACUAUCCCAACUGACUGGCUCUUUCCUGUGCCUUUCCUCCCUCCAAGAGCGACAGCUCCAGUGACACUGAGAGUGAGGACAAUUUCAUCAUGCUGCCCCCCAGGGACCACCUGGGCCUGGCCAUCUUCUCCAUGCUCUGCUGCUUCUGGCCCCUAGGGAUCGUUGCCUUCUACUUCUCCCAGAGGGUGAGUCUAGGACCAGUACCCUUUUACACCUACUGCCCUGUUAUUAACGCUAAUUACCCCCAGCACUCUCUGCAAGGUCAGUAGGCACAAGUGCUAACGCAGCUCAUUUUCCACACCCAUCGGCACAUACCAAUUAUUACAGACCAUUGAUUGCGUAAACCGUAUAGGUACCCGCCCCUAUUUACUCUUGUGAUCACAAGCAACAAUACUGCAGAGAGCAAGGGAAACUGAGUACAGCUCAAACUAAAGGUUGAUUGUGCCACAUUUACAGUAUAUUUUAUUUCCAUUAAUGGUCACAUUUAGUCAAUCAAAUACCUCAACAAUAAAUGUUAUUUUAUAUUAGCAAUACAUUGCCAAAGAGAGUAUCUUGCAGAUACUAUCUACAUGUUUUUUUCAUUAGAUAAUGAAUAGACAGGAUAGCUGCUGCCCUGGGACUGUCUCACCAUUAUUGUGAUUAUAUUGAACCCCAGGUCUAUCUAUAAAUAGCAGCACUUUAGUGAGCAGGUUCUGAAUGCAGCAGGUCCCCUCCCUGCCCCCUAAUCCAACUACAAUUUAUCUCAGUGGUUCGCAACUUCUCUCAAACUAAUUGCAAAGACAAUUACAUUGCAAAAUGACCCUAAUAAAUGUGUCAAAGGAACAAAUGGGUUAUGGGCCGGUCCUUUCUGAGGAAUCCAAAAACAUCCAAACAGCACAUUAGUCACUGUCAAAACGGUAGUGACAUAAUUGCCAUAGCAACUAAUGGCUCCCCAUGAACAAUGUCUUGUUUUCUCGCUCUACAUUGAAUUUACACCUACUCACAUUUUUCUCAGUCAUAUUUAAUCAUGACUAAUUUCUCUAUCUUUUGUCUCUCAGACUAGCAAGGCCAUUGCUAAGGGAGACUUCUCCAGGGCAAGCAGUAGCUCCAGAAGAGCCCUGUUCCUCGCUGCCCUCUCCAUCACCAUCGGGGCAGGGAUGUACGUGGGGGUGGUGGUGGCCCUCGUAGCCUACCUGUCCAAGUCUGGAGGACACAUAUAGCAGCAGAACCAGGGCCACAGGGGAGUGCUUAGGAAGCUGUCCUUGCUAUGAAGCAUCAUGCCCUAUACAUGUGGCUCUGUCUGGAUGUUCGGGUUGUGGAGCAGGAGAGAGGAGGAGAGGAAGGAACAGAGGGAG